GUGACGAUUUUGUAGGAAGUGUUUAGCGAUGCGCGGGAGUUUAUUGUUGCUAUCUAGAGAGCUAGAGUUCUAAUUAAUUUGUACAGAUUUUUUUUUAUCGCACUAAAGCUGAUAACAGCACAGGAAUUUGCGUAGAUGGCUCAGCUAAAUGAAGUGGACUUACCGCCGAACCUGUCAUGUCUCAAAAGCAUGGACACUCUCCUCCGAUGUCCUAUCUGCUUUGAGUUUCUCAACAUCACCAUGAUGACCCAGUGUUCACACAACUUUUGUUCUCUGUGCAUACGGAAGUUUCUCUCCUUUAAAUUGUUGUGUCCUGUUUGUAACUCGCCAUCAACAGAACAAGACCUGAGGAACAACAGAUUAUUAGACGACUUAGUUCAGAGCUUCCAAUCAGCCAGGCAAAAGUUGUGUCACUCAAACUUGGAAUCACCCCCUAUUUCACCUCAAACCCCAGCUAUGUCGAUCAAAGGGAAAGCGGCAAGACAGAAGGGCGUCAAAAAGGAAGCAAGCACCCUCAGUCAUUUUUUCCAAAAGAAGUCCACCAUGACCCCAGUCAAAUCGGAACCCAUGGAGAUGUGCAUAGAACAGCCAGGCAACAUCAAACUAGAAAGUGUGGAGGAAACCGCAAUGGUAAAAGAGGAGAAGAUGGAUAUAUCAGCUUUUCCUUCCACAUCACAAAGCAGUAAGCCGUUGGUUAAAGUGGAAUGUCCUGUCUGUGAAGUGUGUGUGCCUGAACAGCACAUUAAUAAACAUCUGGAUAUGUGCCUAAGCCGAGACGAUAAGAAAGAGGGAUUGAGAAGUGGUAGAAGGCGUAAGGGGAUGCCUAAGCUCUUGUACACUUUGAUUGCUGUUCCAAAGCUCAAGAAGAUGCUUAAAGAAUGCCACCUCUCCGCUCAAGGCAGCAGAGAUCAGCUCGUGCGACGCCACCAGGAAUUCACCCACAUCUAUAAUGCACAGUGUGAUGCACUCAACCCCAAAUCAGCUGAAGAAAUUGCCAGAGAAGUUGAAAACAACGAGAGGUUAAAGAAUCAAUUGGACCGUAACCGAAAACCUGUAAUCGUCACUACGAAGAAUCAGACAGCUGAAGAAAUUGAGGAAUUACACUCAAUGUACCGGAAGCAGCACAAUAGCGAAUUUUCCCGUUUGAUUGCCCAGGUCAGAGGUCGUCUGGAGUCCAAGAGAACACAGAUCAAACAAGAAGAGGGGAAGUCAAAAGAAGAGACAGACUCCAAAGGUGCACACAACAGCAUUCAGAACACCCCCCAGCCUCUGGUUUCUGCACUGCUGAAGGUAAAGAGUGAAGAGAUGGAGGGGGUAAUUGAGCUUCCAUCAAGAUCAUCAAGCCCUACCAUCAGUGAGGUGUCAGUCAGCAGGUACUUCUGUUCGAAAAGGAACCAAUUCCUCCCUUGUAUUUGGACUAAUUGUAUGUGGUUAAUACUUGAAGGGAUAGUUCACCAAAACAUUUAAUUCUGUCGUUUACUCACCCUCAUGUUGUUUCA